AUGUCGAAAACUCUAGCCCGCUCCUUUGCCUUGAACUUUCAUCUUUCAGGUAGCAACUUGACGGCCAUAUCGUCCGAGAAGUUGACCAUCAUUUCUUUCUAUAACCCGCCAUCUUUGCCAGAUGUCAGGCACUUGCACCCCAUCUUGGACCUGGUCGACUCUGGUAACGACAUUAUUAUAGGUGGCGACACUAAUGGGUACAGCCACCUCUGGGGCAUCUAUUCCGCCAAUAUUCUGUCCCGAAACAGUACAGCCUGGCGCUUCGGCCGGGAAAUGGAGGAGCUCAUCACCGGCAGCGGUCUCAUCUGUUUCAAUGAUACGGACAACAUCACCCCCACCUACCACCACGCCGCUUCAAGUGCGGACCAUCUCCGCUCCACCAUCGACGCCACCUUUGGUACCAUCGAUUUGCAUGUCACCAAUUGGAGG